AUGCCUGCAGGGCAGAAGAGGGCGCAUGCUGCUAAGAAGGAAGAGCGUUCCGCCAGCGACACGCGGCAACCCGCGGCGCGGCGCCGAAGGGUGGAGGAGGAGGCAAUGCGGGAUGAGGAAAUUGACAGACUACCGCUACCGGAGGGACUCUACGACUCUGUGCUCAACGCACAGUGGAGCCACGUCUUGGGGUUUCCCGAGGAGGAGGAGGAUGAUGAGAUGGAGAUGAAAAUGGAGGUGAAAGCAGGCCAGGCACCCCAAGAGUUGUGGGAGUACAGGCAGGACGGCGUAACUUUCCUGCCGGUGGAAGAUGCAGAGCAGUUUCGCCCGCCGCGUCCCCGGCUGAUGAUACUCACCUCGGAGCAGAAGUGGCCGCACGCGCUGCGGGAGGGGCUCGAUGUGAGGGACUGCUACGUUACCGCCGAGGUGGAGCGGGUCUGGCGGAUUGUCCGGGGCGAUUUAACCGGAGAGUUCGGCACUGAAGACCUAAAGAAAAAGUUUAAAGUGCGGCGGCGCCUUUUGAUUGGGACGCCCGGGACCGGGAAGUCGAUGGCCGCCGGCUCUUACCUCCUCCACCAGCUGCUCCGCCACGAUGAUAAGGAGCUCCAGGUGGUUGUCUACUGCCUUGGCGCAGAGUUGGCGUACGUGUUUGACAAAACCAACAAAACGGUGACAGAGCACGCGGAUGCGGGCAGCAUCAUCGAUGCCAUUAAAGAUUUGGCGGGGAAGUUUAAACUGAACGGGUAUAUUAUCUACGACGUGGACACACACGGUCCUGGACCGACGGAAGAUUUUCCGUCCCCCAAAUCAUGGGGCGUCAUUGUGUUGUCGUCCCCAAACGAAGACAACUUCAAAGCGUGGGAGGAGGCCAAUCAGGCCGCGCGAAUCAUCAUGAAUUGCCCCGGCGAGAGCCAUGUGAAGGCGAUGUGUGCCUGGGAGACGCGUGAUACGUCUGAGCAGGAGCAGGCAGACUACUGUAAUAUGGUUGGAAAACGCAUGGAUGAUGUGGGACCGAUUCCGCGAUGCAUCUUUAAUGAGAGUGAAUAUGAGGGGCGCCUGACCGCGAUUGAGGCUGCCUUGGGGUUGAUGAGCGCCUCGAGGCCGGAGAAUCACAUUUUCAUUGGACGUCGUGAAGUGUGGCCUGCGAAUGACGUGUCUCACACGCUAGCGAAGGCAGCCCGACUCAAGGGGGAGGACGGCAAUGAGACGUUUGUGAACCUGCCGGCCAGUUUUCGCCUCGGACACAAAAUAAUGGGAAAGUUGGCAAGCAUAGGCAGGCAUCAUGACAUUUUGUGGGAAUUGUGGAGGUUGAGUGAUUCAUUCCCGUCAGAAUAUCUGCAGAAGUUUGCCGUGUACGCAUUCCUGGGCGGGGGAACUUUGCGCGCAACAUAA